GCUCAGAUCAGAUGAUUAGAGUGAGGGUGAGUUUGAAAUGACGCCUGUGGUGUCUUUCACCGGCUUUUUGGCAGCGUUUGCUUGGCUUUCACUAAGCAACGCUCUUUACUUCCAUAUUGGUGAAACUGAGAAAAAAUGUUUCAUAGAAGAAAUACCGGAUGAAACCAUGGUUAUAGGGAAAUACAGGACACAAUUAUGGGACAAGCAAACCGGAUCAUUCCUUCCCUCCACUCCAGGACUUGGGAUGCAUGUGGAGAUCAGGGAUCCAGAAACUAAGAUCAUUCUUUCUCGUCAGUAUGGCUCAGAAGGACGGUUCACCUUCACCUCCCACACCCCAGGAGAGCACCAGAUAUGUUUACACUCCAAUUCCACCAAGAUGGCUCUAUUUGCGGGGGGCAAAUUGCGAGUUCAUCUGGACAUUCAGGUGGGUGAACACACCAACAACUACCCCGAGAUUGCAGCCAAGGACAAGCUGACUGAGCUGCAGUUACGGGUUAGGCAGCUUCUGGAUCAGAUUGAGCAGAUCCAGAAAGAGCAAAAUUAUCAGAGGUAUCGCGAGGAGCGCUUCCGCAUGACGAGCGAGAGCACCAACCAGCGCGUCCUGUGGUGGUCCAUCGCCCAGACUCUCAUCCUCAUUAUCAUAGGCAUCUGGCAGAUGAGGCACCUGAAGAGCUUUUUCGAGGCCAAGAAGCUUGUGUAAUGUUAACCACCCAGGACUGAAGUGUGUACAAGUUUACAAAUGAAGUGUUCUCUUUCAUGUGCACACACACACACACAUUUAUAACAUACCCAUAACAGAAAACUACACAUUUACAGUUAAAUAUUCACAUCUAUUUAUUACCUUAUGUGUAGUACUUAGUCUUAUGACUAUGGCAUACUUGCUCAAGUCUAAAGAGCCAUGUAUGUGAUAUGGGAUCAGGUUUAUACUAUCACAUUAAGAGUCACUGCCUCUACUAAAGCAGUGUCUCGUGACCAGUAAUUGAAAAUAAAUGAUAAAAUGUUCCCACUACAUUACUUUGCAAAACAUGGGAUAAGAUAAUGCUGUGGAAUGAAGGAAAAAAAUAUCUUAAGAACAUUAGGCUUAUAGUAUAUGAAGUUUUUGCUGGAUUUAUGUGUAUAUAUUGUUUUCAUACAUGUCCCCGGUCUACAUCUGUAUGUAUUGUAGUGGUCAAGUGACACUUGGCUUUGUUUUAUUUAUUUCCUUAAGUAUGAAGUACUUAGCAACAUGUAAUAACCCAAGAGAUAUUUUGACCAUGUGGACAGUUUCAAGUAUGACCUAUCCAUUUUUGUUUGAUAACAUAGAUUUGUGUUUGAUCUAAAAGUGUACUUACUGGCUAUACAUGUGAUGAGCCGUGUAUACAUGCUACAUGUGUUUUAUCAGUGCUGCAGCUAUUCUCAAAAUGACCUCACAAAAUGGAUUCAAUAGUGACACAUUAUGUGUAGUGUCCAGGUGUGUAUGUGUGAAGUAAAAGGACGGUGGUUGGAUCAGCAUUUCCUUCGCGUUUCAACUCAGCACAUUCCUGAAUAUGCAGCAUAGAUGUAUUUGAUAACAGAAAAGCUGAAUAGGGUAAAAUAUGUACAAGAACAACUUCUCAGCUCAGUUUGUGUCAUACUAUGUGAGAACAGUAUGUACUAACCAUAGGCAUUUUCUAUUUUAGUUGGCAUGUCAAUUUUAAAACUGAUGUUAGAAAUAAGGUAGAUAUGGCUUUCUGUUAUCUAGUCUAAUUCAGCCGUAGCUUUUUUUUCUACCUGUAUGAAUGGUGACUUUUAUGGAACACUGGGCUUUAGGUGUUUCACCUAAUCAUCUUCACCUUUACCUGUUUAUUAUGGCCAUGGACAGCAUUUAAAGUUGACAGUUUUCAUUGCAGAAUUAAUGUGCUAUUCAUUAAUGUAAUGUUUUGGUACAGACUACUAAAAUAUGUGUUGUGAAUAUUUAUAAACGUCAAGUUGCCUCUCAAUAUGCUGACAAUAAAUAGGCCAUGAAGUCAAGCUAUGAAGUUGCUCUUUAAAGCAUUUCUUUCUCAGCUGUGUGGCACCAGUGCCACAUUAAGGAAACAGCCUUAAAGUGCCAUAGUUUACCAUCUGCUGAUAUUUGAUACACAAACUCACUACACAGUAAUUUUGCUAACCUUUGCAUGGCUGUCUUUUUUUAUAUUACACAAAUGUUGCUAAUGCCAAAAACGACACAUUUUCCAGUGGCUGGUUCAAUAAAUACACCAAGAUCAAACAGGUUAAACACAUUUAUUUCAAAUGAAGGAAAAGCUCACUCUUGCAUCUAAGAGUGCAAGUCCAUGUUGUAGAUUUCUUAUAAAAAAAAUGUUAAAUAAAGGUCCUCCUAAUUAAA